GUCAUCACUCAUCACAGGGAAAAUGUCCGCUGGACAGGGUUUCCCUGUUGAGGCCCCUGGUUAAUCCGGGGGCCUUCACCCAUUCUUCUGUUAUUGUGAAUUAAUUUUGCUGAUAAAUAUCAAUCAUGUGGAGAUUUCUGAACAGCAUCCCUCGAGCAUUCAGACAACAUGUUCACACGCCUCGACCAUCUGCUGGUGUCUGUGUGGAUGAGGAAAAGACAGAUUAUGACAUCAGUGAGGCUGAUGAGACCCAGGGACCCUUUGCAAGUCGAAGAAAGUCCUUAGAGUUUGAAGCAGAUCAACAACAGAGAUGUUGUAGUUGCAAAGUGAAUGUAUUGAACAGUACAUUCACGGAGAAUAAGAAAAAUGGCUGGUUGGGUGAUAAAGCGUCUGGUACGGGAAAGGAGGAGGGGAGGGAGUGGUGGCGAUCUUGUCACUAUGAUUUCUGGAAACUGUUGGAAGGAUCGCAUCGCAUGUUUGAGGCGAUUUCCAUGGGUUCUGCCAUGUUGUGGGGCUCAGAUGGAGAUCGUCAGAAGCGCAAGACUCGCCUGCUCUACCGCGUCCUGUUUGCCAUGCCGGGUGGGGCGACGACAGUGCGGGGCAUCAAGGGGCAGGUGGAGACUUCCUCGUCUGUUUUCCUGCCAGCUGGUCCUAGAGAUCCGGGGCCCAUGGCAAUCAAAGAUGCAGAGGGGGCUGCCCACGAUGCUGCGGUGAAUGUGUCGAAGGCAGAGAGCCUGGAUUCAGCCAUGGAGGAGUUCCAGUCCAUGUGCACAGAGUACACAGCCCGCAGUCAGAGUUUGCUGGGCCUCCAGGCGGCCUCGCAGGGAGACAUGACGACAGCCGUGCAGCACCUCCACUCUUCCUGUGUGCUCGGGAACAGCUCGGCCUGCUUCAACCUGGGCUUAUGCUAUGAAACAGGGUCAGGAGUCACGCAGGAUCUUGAUAAAGCGGAGUAUUACUACAAGAAAGCUGCGGAGUCGGGUCACAGUUUGGCCCUGUACAACCUGGGCCUCAUGUACCUCAGUGACAGGGGAGAGGUCGGGGACAGUGGAGGUACCGGUGUUGGUGCUGGUGUUUGCUGCAGUGGCCGACGGGAGGGACUAGACAUGCUGGAGAAAGCUGCCAGGCUUGGUUUGGCUGAGGCACAAACAUACUUGGGUAUUCAUCAUAUGGAGGAAACUGAAGAUGUCUCAAAAGCUUUACCUUACUUCCGUGCAGCUGCUGAACAAAAUGACAGCGAAGCCCAGUACUUUCUGGCCAUGUGCCACGAGCAGGGCUGGGGUGUGGAAGUGAACGAGUGCCGAGCAGCACAGCUCUAUUCCCUGGCAGCAGCCGCUGGUCAUGAUAUGGCCAUGUACAAUCUCGGUGUCUUUAAUGAAGAGGGACUUGGGGGUUUACCCGAAGACUUGGCCUCAGCAAAGGACUUGUACAAAAGAGCUGCCAAGCUUGGAAAUGUGCAAGCAGAGCAAAGACUGGAGGAGAUCUCGUCCAUGGAGAAGGUUGACCCUUGGCAAGAGAAAUUGAGUACUUUUCAAAACCUCUACCAGCUCUACCACAAAGGUGAGGAAAGUUCACUCCAAGAUCAUCAUCACGGCAGUUCCAGCGGCCUCCUGAGUCCGUCGGCCUCAUCACCGAACCUCUCCGACAGUCUACACCACAACAGCUUAGGCUACUUCUUUGGCACCCUGGACCACGGAAAAACUUGGAAAGACCAGAAUCACAAAGUGUCAUUCGACCCGGGUGGUGGUAGCACUACGCACAAGAUAAUGUUCCAGCUUGGUGGGGAUUGUUGUGAUGGAGACGAUGAAACCAUAUCUGAUAGGUCGAUUGCUGACGACAGCUUUGAGAGUGGUUCAGGGGAUGAGGCCCCGUUUCAUGUUGCAACUUUCCAUCGUUCACACACCACUCCGAAUUUGGAUAUGGUGGCUUGCAAUGUUUGAUUUAGCAAACAGUAGAUUCCUAUCACACGUUUUAUGUGUAUAUCUUGAACUUCAGAUGCCAUCAUGCUUUAAAAAUUUUUUAUUGCUUCCUCACCCUAUUUUUUUCGGUGUGAUUUUCAUUAGAUGAAUAUUCAUCAAUCAAACCUAUCAUCUUUGUAAAUAUAUUGAAUAACAUGUCGAUUCAGGGGGACCUUUGAAUCAAAAUGGUUUACAGUGUUGUUGAGUGACAGAAAGUGGAUGGACGUGAUGUCCUAUUUUUCUGAUUUCCCCUUCUUUGAGACCACUACAGAAGACAGGAAGAGGUCAGGUUCUCUAUAAUUGCAUAAUGAGUGUAAGAUCAGCAAACAACUGGAAUUAGGAGUGGCGGAUCUCUUCAAGGACCAUUUUUCUUUUGAACUCUUUCCUUCUGACGGUACAAAAUUGGGAGGGUGGAGGAUGUUUGCUGCAUGGUUGUGAUUUUCUAGACUUGUAUCAAAAGUUGUGGUGCUCGCUUUCUCCAAGUUUGAAAGUUUUAAGGCCUUUGUGAGCUAUCAAAAAUCUUCCUGCAGUAUUAUUUAAUAGUUGUUGUGUUCAGUCACUGGAGGCAUUAGUGAUAGUAUUGCAUAUUGGGUCUUAUUUAUGGGCACUCCUUGUGACAUUGUCAUCAUGUCCAGAGGAGUUUUUUGUCAAUUGACCAACCUUGUGGACCUGUCAGUUUUUUUCGUUCAUCCUGAUAUGGACUUCUUGUUUCUUGUACUUCUUUCUUUCACUUUUGCACUGCUUUCACUUCACAGCUUUCGGAAUUUCCUUUGAUGAAGGAUGAGAGUUCAUACACAUGCAAGAACAAGAAUUCCUGUAAAUCAGGAGAGAAUGAAAUCUUCUGGGAAUAUGAUACUGGUUGUCUAAGGUCCCACUGCAUAUCUUAGUCCCAUCAACUCGCCUGCUUUUUGUCCCGUGAUAGGGACAUGUGUUUGCCUGUUAUUAUAGAAUAUAUCUGCUCAUUUUUGAAGAUGUUGAAAUUGCUGGUAAGGUGACUGAAACACUGUCUCCAUAUGAUUUCUUGAAAUGAUUUUUAAGAAAUGAUCUAUUUAGAUCAGUCUCGUUGUCGCGAAAUGGACGGCAACUGAGCGCCCUUGUCUUUCAUAACACAUCUCAGCAGGAAACAAAAUGUUUCAUUCAGUUCAUUCAUUUAUAGCUCUUUUGGUUGAACAAAAUGUGGCAGUUGUUUUUUAGAACUAUAAUAAUUGGGCCUCAAGUGUGAAAUUUCUCUCAGGUUGCUUCAGUGAGUUUGUAAUUUUAGAACUUAGUAUAGUAUAUUUAUACUUUUAAGUAGAGUAAACUAGUGCUUCUAGUUUUAACUUGAAUGUAAAUGUUGUAUAUUUUUGUAAUGUAGUCAAAUAGUUGUUUAUUAUGUUAGAUUUAGAUUAAUGAAUAUUGAGUUGCUCUGAGGUGAACAGACUGGUUGUAUUCAAUUCCGAUAGUGCAUAAUACAUGCUGUUGAAUUAUAGUUUGCUUCUGUUUAGUUCCGAUUGGAAAAAUAUUUCUCAGGCAUUCUGGGAUUUUUUAUUAUAGCAAGUUUUGUCAUAGUUGUAGUGCUACUCAAUUAUAAACAGUCCUAGCUUUCUUUCUUUAAUUUUGACUUCUCGGUCCUAGUGUCCAGGUACCAUUUUUAAAUGGAUAUGUUGAAAUUGCUUUUUCUUUUCUUUUAAUCUUCAUUCUUGCUUUUUAUCCUCUUAAUGCUUGCGUUCCCCCCUCCCCAUUUAAUUCUUUCAUUCCUGUUUUAGACACUUGUGUUCUUUUUAAGUCUUUUUGUGCGAAAGCAUCUUCUUAGUCAGAACCAAGUUAUUACUGUUACCACAGUAUCAUUCCUUCCCAUUCUACUCUUGGAACAAUCAGUUUUAUAAUUUUACAUGAUAGAUCGAUGUGAAUGUUUUUAUGUUGUUAUGUUAUGGGUGGGCAUUGCCGAAAUCUAUUUUGUCGAAGAUUGAAAAAUGUGAACUGUUAGGAUUUCACAGUUCGAAUUAGGAGUGAGUUACUUUUUUUUAGAGCAAUAUAUGCCAACUGCGGAUCUAGGGGUAAGAAAGUGCAUUUAUAUCAUUUUCAGUAUAGCCUUCAUUUUAAGACUGUCUACUUAAAUUUCAUUAACGUCAACACUCAUCUCAUGUUUUGAAGUUUCAGAAUUAUUUUUCAAUUUCUGUUCUUUGUAAGGAUAAUUGGAAAAGAAAGUACUCAUUAUUGAAAAGGUAUAUGAUAACUUAAACAAUUUUAAGUACAAGUAUCCCGGUAGUAUGGAAGGAGUGGAAGAAUCUCAGUCUUGGUAGACAGUUGCAAUCAAUAACAAUUUUGGUCUAUGUUAAAUGCCUCCUGAUGCUGACUUUGUGUCCAAAGACUCAAUUCCAAGAAAGGAAACUUUUGUAUGCUGUAUUAGUUGAAAAAAAAUUAGCUGAAAUUCAUGUUUUUUCAUUUAAAAUGGAGAAAGCCAUUGUGUGAAUUGUUCAACAUAGUGCCUUUAUAAAAAAAAGUUUUGCCAUAUUUCAUGUAUGUUUCUUGUGUCAUGUCUCGUUUUUUAAGUGUGUUUAUAUUGGUGUGAUAGAUUUGAGUUACACUGAUUGGUUAAUAAAAAUUAGUUGAGAAGGAA